AUGUUACCUUCACCUCCAGUUUUAAAAACAACUAUAAUACAAUUAAAUAAAGAAUUAGAUCCAGAUGAUAAUAAUAAUAAUUAUGAAAUAUUAACUAAUGAAUAUCAUCAAUCAACAGUUAAUAAUAAUAGUAACAAUAAUAAUAAUAAUACACGAUCAAAUACUGUUCCAACUUCUCCAAAAUUUAAUUUAGAGAGUUCAACUAGUAGUGGUAAUAAUAAUAAUAAUAGUACAACAAAUAAAAAAAAAAGAAGAAGAUCUACUGCAAAUAUAGAUUCAGAAGAAUUACAAAAGCGGAAAAAUGAAACAAAACAAUUACACUCAAUAAUAGAAAAAAGAAGAAGAAUCAAAAUAAAUAGAGAAUUUGAAGCUUUGAAAUAUUUAAUACCAGCUUGUAGAAAUUGUAAUAAUUCAAAUAAUUCAAAUAAUAUUACAAAUUCUCCACUGAAUAAGAAAAAUACAAAUAAUAAUGUAAAUAAUAAUGGUAAUAAUAAUGGUAAUAAUAAUGGUAAUAAUAAUGGUAAUAAUAAUGGUAAUAAUAAUGGUAAUAAUAAUGGUAAUAAAAUUGAUGGAAUGUAUAAGUUAACAAUUUUGAAAUCUUCUGUUGAAUAUAUUUUAUAUUUACAUCAUAUUAUUCAAAAUCAACAUAAAUUAUUAUUGAGUCAAGAUCAAGAAAAAAUUGAAAAAUAUAAAGAUUUUAAUAUCAAUUUUUCUAAAAUUCCAUUAAAUGUGAAUCAAUAUAGAAAUAUAGAUAAGGAAUUUAAUUUUAAAUUUUUAUUAAAUGAAUUAGAAGGGAAUACAAAUAAUAAUAUAAAUAAUAUUAUAAAUAAAAUUGAUGAAGAAAAUGAAAAUGAAAAUGAAGGUGAUAAUGAACAAGAACUAGAACAAGGACAAGAACAAGAACAAGAACAAGAACAAGAAGAAGAUGAAGAAAAAGAUAUAGACGAUGAUUUAAAUACUUUUAGUAGUAGAAGUUCAUCGCAACCACCUCAAUUAAUUCAACAACAACAACAACAACAACAACAACAACAACAACAACAACCUAUUCAACAACAACCUUUUCAACCACAACCUAUUCACCAACAACCUUUUCAACAACAACAGCAACCUUUUCAACAACAACAACCUAUUCAACAACCUAUUCAACAACCUAUUCAACAACAACCUAUUCAACAACCUAUUCAACAACAACCAAUUCAACAACCUAUUCAACAACAACCAAUUCACAGAAAUUCAUCUUCAUUACCUACUCCUGAUUUCACUCCAGAUAUGGCUCCAAUAUUAUCCUUAUUAAAUAAAUACUCAACUACUAAUCCUAAUAAGUCUCCAAGAAAAGGUUCAUUUCCAAUAUCCCCUCAAACUCAUGUUUUAAAAUCAUCAAAUCCAUCUCCUUAUACAAUUCCAUUAAAAUCAUCAACUAAUAGUCCAUCGGUUAAAUAUUCUAUAAAUAAUACUGGUAAUAAAUUUCAAUUACCUGAUCCGGCUAUAAAUCCAACUAUACUGUUGAAUCAAAUACCAAGAAAUAAAAAAUUUAAAUCUUCAAGUAUAAUAUUUAAUGUUGAAGAAGAAGAAAAAGAAGAAACGAAAUCAAAUGGUGAUAAAUUAUCUGAUCAAGAUGCAAGUAAAACUUUAUUAGCGUUGCGUAAAUCAAGUAUAGAUUCAUUAUUAAACUAG